AUGGAUUACAGCGGACUCGUAGUCUCCAGCUUCCAGGACCAGAAGAUCCGAUACACCGUCUUCGGAGCGCCGGUCCUCGAGCUCUACGGCAUGGAGGUCGACUACCCAGAUUUCAGUGGCUAUAUCAUCCCGGACAAGCACAUCGAGAGAGCCUGCCAAGCGCUCGAGGACAACGGUCUCGAGAGCUGCAAACAUGGCGCCGACUGCCCUACCAUGACGGGCCACGAGCAACCGCCCACAGACAUACCUCACUUCCAUUUCCCCCGAGAGGCAAAUUGGAUUGUGGUGAGUAACAGCCGCGGAUCCAGCACCACCAGCGAUUGCACUGACUCAUCAUCAUCCACAGGAUCCUCCGCUUCCAGCGACGACGACCCCUACCAGCCGAUGCUGACCGUCCGGAUCUACCGCAAGAGCGUGUACAUGUGGCAGGCGCGCGACCCGCCGCUGCGCCGGCCGCGCGCCGUGCACGUGGACUACAUGCUGAGCGGCGAGGGCGAGAACCGCCUGCAGGACAUCGGGCGCAACGACGUGAUCCUGCCCAGCUUCGCCUGCUGGGCGGAGACCCUGUUUCUGAAUCUGUGUCGCGACCUGAUCGGGGGCAGCGUGCUGCAGGAGCUGUGGAAGCGCGAGCUCGAGAAGUUCGCCCUCUCCAUACAGGACAACAACUACCUGGACAUCGAGCCGCCGUUCGGGGAGCUCCUCUGGAGCUUCAGGGAGAAUCUCCGCCUGCAACAGGACACACUCACGGUCGGGGCCCAACGCACGCUUCGCAAGGUCUCUGAGGAGUUGCGGCUGACCGGGGAGAUGCCCGAGACGCAGGGCGUCCUGUACUCGGAGCUGGGCCUGGAGCCGCCGGAGCUGGAAGAUGGCAGCGAGGACGGGGACGGGGACGGGGACAGAACUCCUACGGCCCGACGAUCCUAUGAUUCGGAUGAGGGAUCGGGGGAGACGCUUGCGACUGAAAGUCGAUCUAGCGAUAGUAGUGAGUCCGGGACGGCUGCCGGGUUGUCAGAUGAAAGCGGAUCCAAUGAGGGCGAUUCUAGCGAGGCCAGUUCCAGCGAGGCCAGUUCCAGCGAGGCCAGUUCCAGCGAGGCCAGUUCCAGCGAGGCCAGUUCCAGCGAGGCCAGCUCAGGUGAAGCCAGCUCAAGUGAGAGCAGCUCAAGUGAGAGCAGCUCAAGUGAGAGCAGUUCAAGCCAAUCUACCAGCGAUGAGGGUGAUUGA